CAAAAUUUUGAUCCUACCUUUGCAGACUUCCUCGUGGCGUAAAUUCUUGUGCAUCAGAUAAGAAAAGAAUCUUCGGCAUAUCAUCAGUGUCCAUAGUUAUUUAAAGUAUGCUUAAAAUGAACUAGUCGCGUUUAAUUUCAGAUACAACCUCUCCGUCGGAUGUAAAUAACGGUAGUGACGAAAAAUGCGUUGAUUCAGAUACCCUGCGCUAGUCGGGGUAUAUGAAGGCUUUCGACAUAUCCUGCGUGUCAGUUUGGGAGACACAGUUGUGUUGGGAAUAUGUUUCCUCAGUAUCUGCAACACUAACUGGCUAAGAGAGAGGAACGCGACGCUCUGAGACGCAUUUAGGCCACCUGUGGAAGCAACAUUACAAUAUAUAUAUAACUAUUAUGAAGUACAGACGAGUUGAGUAUUUUAUCUACCGCUGUCAACUAGAAUUCGCAUUUCGAAAUAUUGUUUUCGCCGAAUGUUAAUGUCAAGUACUCGGAGAUGUAUUCUGAAGCUUUCUGUUCGUGGAAAUCUUGAACAUCUGACCAGAGACAGCUUUUUUUAAGACUUACCUAAUCCCAUUUGAGAAUGAAACAUUGCUGUGUGUAGCACUAAGACAAUACGUGGCAAGUGUUUGUGUUUCGUUUAAAUGACAAUGUAAAGUAUGAAAAAGAACAUUACAUUUCAUACAUAAAGGUAUUAAGUGCAAAUUACCAUGGGGUGCUCUGUCAGUUCUUCACUUUUUGUGGCGAUAACAUUUCUGACCAUGGUUGAGGGUGUGCUAACCUUCUUCAUAUACAUUAAAGAGAGGCGUUUGAGGAAGAGAGAGCAGAGUCCUUUUGUUUACAGUCUGGCCGUCAGUAUUACCCUGCUGUCUGUGUUCUCCUUUGCCUUCAACGUCAGACUCCUUUCGCGUUCGUGUCAAAACGAUCGUAGUAUCACGUGGUGCGUUGUUUUGAACAUUCUUCUACGGUACCUUCACGUCGUCUCUUGUUUCUGCGUGACCUGUCUGGCUCUGUACCGAUACUUGUACCUGUGCUGGCCCCUCCACUGCCCGGUGCUCGUCACCAAGCGCCGCUGUUGCUACGUCACUCUAGCCUGCUGGACGCUGCCCAUCGCCCUGGUUGGCGUUCCGUUUGCGAUCGACGGCCAGGCUCCGUGCGCUGACAUGAAGGUGACGGUCUCCUUCAGCAUCACCUACAUCGUCUUGUACAUCUUGGGAGCCCUCGCUACCUUCGUCGCAUACCUCCUGGUGGCGCUGGAGUUCAGGAGGAAGCACAACAGUGCUUCGCCAAACGCAGACAUCGCCAAGUUCGACUUCCUCGUGAAAGUGCGAACGGAGAGGUGUGCCCUUCACGUCUUCGUGCUCUACACUAUCUUAUCUCUCCCUCACAUCAUAAUGGUCAUCGUGAGCAUGAUCGACAGCGAGAUCGCCCAGGUGACCAGGAACAUCCCAGCCCUCCUGCAGCGUCUGCACCUGCUGCUUUUCCUCCCCUUCUACGCUUGGGCCAACCCCUUCUUCCGCGCCGCCCUCACAAGCUGGGCCAAGAAGACGUGGACGAGGCUGACAUGUGGAGACGGAGAGGGUGACUUCUACCUCCACAGUAACGGCACCAAAGGGGAGUCGGCGGAGAAGGCGGAGAGGCUGAGGCAAGAACCCUCUGUUUGACAUAGGUGCGGGCGGCUUGGCAUGCCUGUAGCUUGUAGUGGUUGAUGUGAGGGAGUAGUGUGGAGUGGGGGUGUUGUGGGAGUGGGGGUGAAGGUGAAAGAGGUCUGUGGUGGAAGAGUUAGAUGAACAAGGGCGGGUAUGUGCCUCCCGUGCCCCCUCUCUGGACCUGCUGAACCACUAGCUUGAUUAAUCCCAUGAGGCUUUAACGUUGUAAAUUGUAAAUAGUGAUGUAGAUUGUGAUUUGUUGUGAUUAGCGUGUUUUCUAUGAUAACUAAUAUAUAUAUAUAUUAGUAUGUAUGUAUGAGGAAGUGCAUUUUAUUAGUAUGCUGGUGAUGAGGUGAUAACUAUGUAAAUAUUAUAAAGAAAAAAUAUCUUCAAUUGAUGAGAAAUUGAAUCUACCAGCGGAUGUGUUAGGAAUCUCUUCACUGCUUUCAAAAACAUGGAUGUUAGUCUUCUCCUUUAGGUGGAACAUCUUCUAAAUUGUGAAUGUAAAACAAAUGUAAAAUUAUGAAAAGAUGAUACACCUUCGAUAA